AGUUGCGACGUGCGUUACUAUUCAAUAGACAGGUUUCCUGAUGUCUUUGAAAUCCCUUGUUUCUCCUUAUUUAAGUGAACCAUAUCAUAAACAUAAAAAUAGCCUCUGUAGAAAUUAAUGUUGGUUGGCUAAUUUUGGUAGUUCUUGAGACCUUAAUAUUCGGUCACAGUUUCUGUUCCCAAACUUACAUACUUAGACCUUUAUAAAGUUAGUGUCUACCUUAUAAAAUAUCGGCUUGAAAUCAAAAAGAUCUGAACACUUUGGAUAUGCAUUUUGACGACCUGGUUGUGAACUUGUUUGCCAUUUUAAAUCCGAUUAUUUCUGGGUCAUUAUUUUCUUUGGUUACAGGCAAAUCACAACCUGUUUUAUCAACAGUUGCUUUGAUAGUCAUUAAAGUCUCAGAUAUCGUUCCAAACCAUCAGCACAGGAAGUUAGGUGGUUAAGUGACAUUGAGUUUCCAUAUUACCAUACUCAGACCGCUAAUAAGCCUUUAGAAAUGAAUUCAUGUUGAAAGUUUUGGAAUUUUUCGCUACUCAAAAGUACCUAAUGACAAACACAAAACUAAUAAAAUCUCUCUAAAAGGUCAGUGCAAGACUUCUUGGUCCUUAAAGUCUUUAAUAGAUAUUUUUAUACUAUACUUUUGUGUUGUGUUACAGCUUGUUUUAGCUGUUCCUUCACUACAUAAAGGAAAUUGUCGUUUAAGUUUUGAGGCUAGGGGUUCCAGAUAAUAUACAUCGAUUGUCUACAGAUGGGGUUGGUUCGUUGUGCACGGAUGGCGAACUCCAUUCAUUGUCAGCCUACUCCUCAAUUUUAGUUCCCUACCACAUGACUGGUUUCGGGCUUGCUAACUUUCUUUGUUUCUAUGAUUUAUUUCUAAAAAGCAAGAGAAGGGAGGUCAUGGGGAACUAACUAUCAAGUUAUUUGAAUAUAAUGAUCGAACCACUCCAGGCUCUCAAUCGUGGUAAAGAAAUUCGAUUUCAUCCAACUACAAGAUUUAAAAUUCUUGGUACCUUUUACGCACCGUCCUUUAAUAUUUUUCCAGUAGUUGGCCACCUCCACUUUUACAAGUGCUAGCGGCUUGUUUGCAGUACAUCACCCCUCGACAGCGUCGUGUUUUCACACAAUUCGCUAAAUAAUAAUCACCUCAAUUAAUAACCCAUGGGUUACUAUGGUUUAUCUCAAUGAGUGAUAAAACAUCUAUCAGUAUGUAUUUGUCCACGUCUUGGUCAACAAUCUACAUCGUGACGGAUCAUAGGGGUUGUUUGACGUUUGGCAAAUGAAUUAUUCCAUUAUUUCAUCCAGGUCAUUAUGAAGCUCUUUGAUAUUCCCAUCAUUUCGUGUCACUUUCAAAUGCCACCAUAUUCCAUAUAUAUCGUAAAAAGUUAUAGUAUCAUUAAUAUCUACUACAGCCCGUCAAUUAAUUGAAGUUGGGAAUAUGUAUUACUGGUAUUAAUGGUUUUAGUUCUCCUUCUUAGUUGUCAGUGAAGCUUUUCCUGAACAUUGUUGAGUAUUGUGUAGUAUAGAAACAGCCGGAUAACACCUGUAUGUGGUUGCUGAAAUCUUAUCCUGAGGUAUCUGUUGUGAUGUCUGAGUCAAUAGACUAUUCUUCCAAAUAAUAUAUGUUUAAAUAAAUAAAUAUAUGCUUCCCAAAAAUUUCACAUGACUAGGGAAGAGAUAUCAUCAUUGGUGGUUAUUCAGUGUUGUGGCUACUCUUACCAAGUAGUGAUAUUUACUACAGUCCAUUAACAUGUUCCUCAUGUUGAGAUUAUAUCAAACCGAGCAACAGUGGUACUGAAUGAAUCAUGCGGAACUAGAUUUGUUUACGUGUUGUAUGUGGGUUGAACGGAAUAAUUUUUUUCAGAACGGGUUUUUUGAUCCAUAAGGGAUAAGUUAGAGUUUCUCACAACUAGAAUCGUUACUAUCAGACGGUCAUUGAGAACUUUAUUUGCCUCAUUACUUGAAAAUGUAAAUAGUUAAGCCAACAAACAGUUUAGAUUGUAAGCGAUAUGUGCUUGGUUAGUGUGUCGAUUUCAUAAGACAGUCACUCGUUAAGACUUAAGUACGGGUGAUUUCUAAUAAACAUGACCUGCCACCAACCUACAUGCUCUAGAGCUUCAUCGAAAUUCACUAUCAUAAAUUUCUUAAAACCUAGUUCAUUAUCACAUGAAGAUAGUCAACUAAGAGUUCAUCACACCAAUUAUCUUAUAUAUGUGAGUUGAUUAAAUAAUUGAACUCUAAUUGUUUAUUUAACGAACUUGUAGUAUAAGACCAAAAAUGGACUUAGGUGACUGGAAUGGUUGUUUUCCGAAGUGUAUCCACUUACGAACCUGUUAUUUCAAUGAACUUCUUGCCUGAUUCAGUGGUUUAACAUUUACGUACCAACCUUCUUUUACCUGUCGUGGAGAAGCAUAGGCCGCCGACCAGAAUUCUCCAACCCAGUUUUUCCUGGGCGCUCCUUUCCAGCUGUUGCUAAGUGUGACUCAUUCUUUUGAUAUCUGCCUCCAAUUUCUGGCUCAAUGUGUUUUUUAGCGUGCUUCUUUUUCCUUUGGCUUGAAGAUUGCAAGGUAGGACUGGCUUUGUGAUGGAGUUUGAUAAUUUCCGCAAUGUUUGUCCUAUUCAUUUCAGGUGUCUUUUCCUAAUUUUGUGUUCAGAUGGAAGCUGGCUUGUUCUCUGCCACAGUAUAUUGUUGUUGGUGUUAUAUUCGGCCAUCGAAUCCGGAGUAUCUUGCGUACACAAUUAUUUAUAAAUACAUGUACAUUUUUGGUGAUGGUUGUAGCUCCAUACGGUAGAGCUGUUUUGACGUCACUAGUUUAAUAACAUGCGUAUAUGUAGUUAAGAGAAUAGACAAUGUAUUUUGUGUACUUAUGCAUACUAGGGUCUUAGUAGUUUUCGUAAUUGAAGUUUGGAUGAAACAUUUACAUAUUGAAUGCAACUGUGUUGUUGACAUGUGUACCGUUCAAAUAUAUCUUUUAAGAAAUAUAAUCUUUGCAGUAAUGUCAAUUUAGUUAUUUUUUCAGGAUCCAAUAUGUGCAGUAAUAUUUCUUAAUAAUCCUAUCACUAUAUGUUAAAUUUGUUGACAGUGUACUUUUUCUAGGCUAUGAUUAGUCAGUUUGACGAUUGCCAAGUGAUUUAGUUUCCUUAAAGAAGUUGCUAGUGGGUAAUCGUGACGAAAGCUACUACGUUAGUAUUCUGUGGAUUUCUAUUAAAAGGAUUGAAACUUAAGCCAAGGAUACAGUUAGUGUUUUAGAGUAAAUGGUGAAUUUUUCUCUAAAUCUAUUACAAGCUUUUAAAUUCACUGAUAAUGAUAUUCCCUAAUCCAAUGUCUAUGAGAAAAUUUAUGUGGAUACCUUCACGCUAAUCACAGUAUUAUCCAUUAAUUUUUUAUCAGAAUUCCAUAGAUGUUUCUACUGUAUAUUAUUGAAACUAUUCAUAUUUGAUGGUACUCUAUAAAUCCAGUUUUAUUUCAAGGUAUAUGUAUAGCACUCAAUAUACUUUGAAAGUAUAGAAGUAACUACCAACCUAAUGUACAUUUUCGUCUCUAUAGUAUGCACUUCCAGUUUCAUCACUUUAUUUCAUGUUAUUUAAUCACUCUUAUAUGCUUCAUUGAUGUACCUUAGCCUUUUCAAAAGAUACGUUUUCGCUCGAUUUUGUAAAAAUUUGGUAUAUUGUUUUCGUUUUAACGUUAGAUCUAAUCCCCGUAGACAUUCAAAUGGAAUGCUUCGGGUCUGUCUAUCAUAUCUGUUGAUAAAUGGGAUCAAGCUUUUCGAGUCUGAACAAGUCUUGGGGAUGCACAAGUCUUGGAACUUCUGGUAACAGAAGUAAUCGAAAGGAAUUGAGUGGAUUUUGCCACUGUCCUAAAAAUUGUCCAUCUAGCUAUGUGUUACCUAGCGCUUUACAAACGAAAACUAAUCCACUGCCAAUUGAUGAAUUAUCGACUUCUAUCAUAACAAGCCCAACUGUGAUUAGUACAUACAGUUGUACAUGUAAAAACUCUUUAGCACAUCAUCAAAUAAACUCUGAUACACGUGCUUCUAAUGUAGACAUUAGUUAUCAGUUAUGCGGUGUUAAUUCUGAAGCAUUUAUACCUACAGAUUCAAAUAUUUCCAUCAGAGUUUCGAUUCCACAUUCUGAUUUUAAUCAAGAACAACUCUACAACGGUCAAACACAAUGUAUUGGUAGUGUUGAAAAGUCCGUUGACAUUGAUACAAUUAAAAAAGACUGUAUAUUUACAGAUCCUUUAAUAUUGACUGAUUGUGCAAUUGAGCAAUUCCGAAACCUUAUAUCUUCUUGGUCAUGUAAUGAUUUAUGUUGUCUUUACUUGGAAUAUGAAGCAGUAUAUGAGCUCCAACUUUUAUGGAAAGAAGCAAUUAAAACUCGAUUGAGAGCUCCUACUCUUAAGGAUGAUCUCUGGUCUUUAGCUCAACAUGGUUGGUGUUCUAAUACGUACCUUAUUCGCAAUGGCUCUACUCAUGAGGCUCAUUCGUAUUUACUAGCCUCACGGUUAAGGAAUUUCGAUGAAUUGCUUACUUCAUUGAAUCGUGGGAAAUUUCAUAGAUUUCCAAACAAGUCGACAACUGAUCAUACUAAUAUAAUGAGUAUCACUUCUACCAGUGCCAUCACUAAUACCAGUACUACUAUUCUGACUAAUAAAGCUUCAGUUAAUUCACUUCCUGCAUCCGACAGACUUGUUGAUCAGUCAUCCGAUUUUCAGUCUGAAAAAUGUCCUGAUUUAUUAUCCAGUUCACGUUUAAAACUACAAGAUACUUCAUAUAAAAUGAAUACUGAAACCCAUCAACAACAACAUCUUCAUAAUCCGAUAAAAUUACCUAGUGUUAGUAUUCUCGAUUCUAAUAAUUUAAAAAUUAACACUCAUGAUGUAUCAAAUUCAUCUAAAAUGUUUCUAACCAAUUUUCUAUGUCAAUUAUACGCGGGAAAUGAUCCACAACAAUUACUUUCUAAACCGGAUCUAUUGUACCAACCAGAAAUUAAUGAUAAAACAAAAAAUACAUGUAAUACUAGUAGUAAUUUAUCGAAAUUAUAUAAUUUUCUAAAAUAUUCACAUCAACAUAAAUGCUUACUCUCUAACGACUGUGAAUUAAUCUUCACAUGUCCAUCUAUACUCAAUUUAAAAUCGAUUACAUUGCCAUGUCAUGCAGGCAUAUUAGCUUGUCGUUCACAAUUUCUACGUCGUAUUUUGUUAAAGCGUUGUAAAUCCAACACUCUCAAUGUCGCUACUAAUACUACUAUUACCACUACGAGUAAUACUCAAAAUUCUACGCAUAAAAUAAUUUUAGAUGGUAAAAUAAUACCAGGACAUUUUGCUACUGUGAUUUUACACUUUUUCUACUGUGAUUAUCUUAAUUUAAAUGAAAUAUCAAAUUUAUUAUUAGUUUUUAAUCAACAGACAUUAUUAAAUAAAUUACAUUUUAAUUGGCACACUGAACAUAGUCAGUUGAAUAAAACUACUACUAAUAAUAACUAUAAUGACAAUUAUAUGUGUUGUAAGUCAUCUGUUGAAGAGGAUCACUCAUCAUCAACAUCAACAACAAUACCAGCAUCUAAAUGUACACAUGCAUAUUCUUCAAGUCAUUGUACAGCAUCUGAUUCAGGAUCAUUUUUCACAUCAAUUCAGUUUUUAAUGAAUACCUCCGAAUUUAAUGUGAAACAAUUUUGUCUAAGAUGUCCAUUUUGUCUAACACAUCUAAUUCAACUUUAUCCGGUUGGAGCGAUUUUAGAAUUUCAUAAACUUUCAGAAGUAUGUGAAGAUUUGUUAGCAGAAGCUCUGAGUUUACCAUCAAUUGGUUUUAAAAACUAUGAAAACAAUAACUGGAAAAGUUUGUCUACUACUACAAAGAGACAACAAGAUAUUUCUUCUUCUGUGACAAUGAGUUCAAUUAGUUUAGCUGUUGGUUUACUAAGAUGGAUCGAUGAAAAAUCACCAUUUACAUCAUCGUCUUUGCCAGAACCAUUUUUGAAUACUCAAUUUUCACGACGUAAUAAUAAUACUUCAUGCUCUCCAACCGUUAGUCAGCAAUCCAAACCCAACGAAGAUUCUUCAUCUCCUUUGGAUAAUCAAUACAUUUUCAAAUCGAAUGAUAAUAAUUCUCAUGUUUCUUCUCCUUAUAAUGGGACAUCUCUUGGUUUUGUGUAUCGUCAUGCUAUACAAUGUUUACGGCAAAAUUUCACUUCAUUAGUUCGUUCACCAUUUAUUUUACAACGGCUAUCACCUCAACAGCUUUAUGAAUUGCUCGAUUCUAGUCUUGUUCAAGCACCUGAAUCUGAAAUCCUAGCUGGUCUAUUAUGUUGGGGUGAACUUCAACUCAAACUAAAACAAAAAAAUACAUGUUCCGGCGUUCAAUCUUCAAAUGCAUACCCUAGUAGAGAUAAUGAAACGAAUAUUCAACCAGAUAAAAUAUUAGAUAAUGUAACUAUUGAAUAUCAGUCAAUUUUAACAUCAAUUAUUGAUAAUCCAUCUGUUAUAAACUGUAGUCUAUCCGAUACAUCAUCAUCAAUAACAGUUACUGAAGAAAAUGAUCUUUCCUAUUUUAAUCAUUGGUUAUUACUAUGUAGUGGUUGGAAUAAUGUAGAAAACAGUAUGAAAAGGCCAACAUCAAAUAUUGAUUGUGCAUUACGUUUACCAUCUUGUCAUUUAUGUCAUGGUACUUCUACUUCUACCACUACUACUACUAAUACUACUACCAUGAAUAAUAAUGCUAACAAUAAGUCUGUUUCAAGUGAAUCUUUUAUUCUUAAUCAUAAUCUUGAUAAAAUGAUAACAUAUACACAAUUAAUUGACUUAGUAUCAAUUGUAAAUUUAUUAAAUGAAUACAAUUUAUUGGAUUGUAUUCGACCAGCUCAUCUACUUAGUCCUAUGCCUAACGAAUUAGCAAGUGUUCUAUUACGUUAUUACUGUGAUAACUACCAACAUCUUAAUGCACAUAAUUCAUCUACUGUUGUUUUAAAUUCCGUGAAAACUCUUCAUAAUUUUGGCUGUUGUCAAAAUAAAGAUUUCUUCAAUUCACCAUGGAAUUCACUUAUUCACUUGAUAAAGUCUUCCCAAUCUAUUUGUUCAGAGAGACAAUUCACUUUUGAAAAAGUUUUAUCCAAUCCUUGGAGUAGUCUAUCACCUGCACAAUUCUCAGAAAAAUACCAUUGGGCUAGCCUUUUAUUCACUGAUGAUAAUGAUGGUCUAUCAGCCGGUCAUAAACUUAAUUCCACUAAUAUUAAUAUUGAUGAUGACUGCGUUUGUUGUUGGAAUAAACAACAUCUUAUAGAGAAUUCAUCAUUGAUCACCGCCACUGGGGCUUCUGUCGUUCGGAAAUCAUUAUCGGAUAAUUCUAAUGUAUGGUUAAAUUAUACAAAUCGAAUGAAAUCACAGUUGAAAUUUCUGCAUAUUCCACCUAGAUUAUAUUAUCCAUUUUUAAAUGAAGUUCGAAUGCUUUUUAUUCAGAAGCAUGCUGUACAUCAUCAAAGGUUACAUAUAAUGAACAAUAAUAAUAAUAAUGUUGAUAGUUUCCAUUCACAAUCUCAAUCUUCCGAGUGUACAUGUUGGGAGUUUUUAUUAUCGCGUAAAUUUGAUCAAUCAAGUAAUUUAACAAAUUUCUCACCGAAUACAACUAAACGCAUUCAUCAAUCAUCUUUCAAUAAAUAUCAUAACAAAUCUUUUAAUUUAAAUCACCAGCAGACAUAUACUACUGAUAUCACUAGAGAUUAUUCACAAGAUUUCUCAUCAGAAUGUGAUUUAAGCUUUCCAGAUUUGGCUAAAAAACGUUUCGGUUCAAAAUCAAUUGAAAAUAAUGAUUAUAAUAAUGUUAAUAGUCACUUUUUCAUGAAUAAAAAGUUCACAAUAUGUUGUGAUUAUAAAUGUCGUGACUUUGCUUAUUGCUUACUACCGUCAAGUCAAUGGACCAGUAUUAUCGAUUAUUACAUGAGAUUAGUUCGUGAGUUCAUGGAUGAUCCCAUAAGUCAUCAUCCAUGUACAAACAACAAAUAUAUUCAUCAUAUUCUACGUUUACGCUCCUUAUGGAAAUAUGGUUUACCGGAUUCAUUGGAAAGUUUACUUGUUUGUAGAAUCAAUGAGUAUAUGUUUAUGUUACAACAACCACCACCCUCAACGAAACAAUGUUACAUAACAGACUGUUGUAAUCCUAUGAGAAAUAUCAAUACAUUGCUAAUCAAAAAUAAUUCAUUUGUUUCAACAACAACCAUCACUACUACUAACACUACUUCAACAGCCUCAUCAUCGUCAUCCAAAUCUGUAUGUAGUUGUAGUCUACCAGUUAUGAAUAUGACUUAUUGUGAACACCAUACUACGCAACGUUGUACAUUUAAUCCUAGUGAUAUUGGUUGGAAAUCAACAGAAAUCACCGGUGGAUCCACGACCAUUACAACCACAACUACAUCUCGACCAUUAUAUUCAUUGUCUUCUAAUAAUUUAUAUAACAGUAAUGGUAUUAGAAAUAAUACUAUCAAUAAAUUGACCAGAAAUUCAAAUCAUAAUUUAGUAUCGUUAGGUAAAGCAUCACAGUCAUGUUCAAUUUGUGAUGAUCAGGUAAUCUUGUGUUCAGUUCCAAAGAAUCACAAGUCAUUCUCAAACAAUAAGAUUCUAUUCACUAGUAAUGAGCAAUUAUCAAACAUACAGUGUCUCGCGCCUUUUUCUUGUAAGCAAUGUCAAAAUCUUAUAAAAUCAGUGGAACCAUACUGUCAUAAUGUUUCUUAUUUUUCUUCAUAUAUUACUAAGCAACAAAAGGCAUGUGUCCAGUGUAUAACUUCACCUAUGAGUAAUACUACUCAUAUCACUGAUUUCAAUAAUUUGUUGCUUCCUACAUAUUUUUCCAAAAAUCAAUUUAAGAAUGGUAUUUAUUCUGAUCCUAAUUAUCUAUUGAAUGAUGGUUUAUUAUUUUCUUCUGUAAAUGAUCGUGCACUGACAAAGAAUAAAUCAAACUAUCACUAUAAUCUGUAUCGUUCUAAUGAUCAACAACACUGCCACCAUCGACAACAAUCGAGACGCCAACAUCAAUCAUCAGAUAUAUUCUACUGUCCUUCUAAUGAUCACAAAUUAUCUUCUGAGAUGUUAACAACAAAUUUAUCCAGUCCAUGUUAUAAGAAAGUUUUAUUGAAUGAUAAUGAUGAGGAUAAGAUUGAGAAAAAGACGAUAUGUUGUCCCUAUGCAUCGUGUUCACAACAAACACUAAUACAACCAUCACCAUCAUUGUCUUCGGCGAUAUCUUUAGUGCAUUUAAAAAAUACUGAUGGUGAUCUUAGGGUUACGUUUAAUCAUAAUGAUAUUAGUAGCAGAAGCAGUCAUGCUGCUGUUACUGAAGAGCAAUAUGCAACCAGGUUAAUGAAAUUAUCCACUAAAAGGUAUGAUGAUGAGGAUCGUUUACAUGAUACAGUUUAUUUGCCUUUAUUACUAACAUUACAAGGUAGUGUUAGUGACCAGUAUCAUCAUAAUAUGUCUUCAUCCUUUACAGGGAAAUCAGAUCUAUCUUCAGAUUCUACAAAUUAUUCUUCAUCGUCAUCAUCAUCUUCAACUAGUUUCUCAUCUCCAUUAUCAAGCGCAAGUAAUUAAUUUACAUCAUUGAGAUUCUUUACUCUUCUCCAGUUUGAUGAUUCUUGUGUAUGUAGCUAAUGAUGUCCCGGUUCUCGUUCACUUUCUCCUAUAAUAUGUCUGUUAUAAUUCACAGAAAAAGUUUAUUACAAAAACAAUUUAAUUUGUCUCUUGAAAGUUGCUUCCAUACUUUGAUCUUAUUAUAUUAGUGGAAAAAUGAAAAAGAAUUUUAUACAACAGUAGGCAAAUUUUUUCUAGAAAAAACUCCUAAUCCUUAUUUGUAAACAUAAAUUCACAUACGGUUACUUUCUAUACUUUAUUUUCAUCGUGUUUUUUUUGAUAGAUCAUUAUUUAUUAAUGAUUGCUUUCAACACUUCUUUUACUCUACAGUACACAACAAACAUUUUACCGGCCUGAUUUGUAAUAUUUGUCUAUUAAAUCAAAUGAAUAAAUAAUAUUAUACUUGUUCGGUUAUCAUAAUUUUCUAACAUGAUAUCACAUUCAUUUUGUGUGUAAUCAUGAGAAGUAUACCAUUUGUUAACCAAUCAAAACAUUUUAAAUUACAUACUAUUGACCAAUUAACUUCCAGUUUAAGCAUGUGUUGACCUGAUUGUAUUUCCCUCUCAUUUUCUAUUGGUUGAAUUUUUUUAAGGACUGAAUCACUUCAAGCAAUAUAUAAUUAUGAAUUAGUUUUUUUUUUUAGGAAAAUGUUCAUAUAUGUGCAAUAAUGGAAUUAAGUAGCAUUUUUAUUUUCUAAAACAUCUAUACAAAACGAGGUAACAGCAGUUAUUUUAUUUACUGUUUUAAUUUUCAUUUCAUUGUCUAUUGCCCUUUCGCUUUAUGUAACUUCUUCCUAGAAUUGUUGCCUUAUAAAUUACGAUACAAUGAACUUUAUAUGAUAUGUUAUCGAGUUGUUUUGUUUUUACAAAUAGAUGUUUAGUAGUGAAAAAAACACUACUAUCAUUUAUAUUGCC